AUCUGCGAGAAAAACUAUAUAUGUUGCAAGUUACAGAUACUGCUUACGUGCAUUUAAUCGUAUUUCUUUUUUUGUAAUCAGUUAGUUAAUGAUAUUAUUUGCAAAAAUUUUAUGAAGAUCUGAUCGAGAAUUAUUACUCACCAUUGAUAUGAACGAUAAUGAGGAAGAAAAGGAGACAACAGAGAUUACCCAAAUUCAAGGCAUUUAUUAAGUGCUCACACUCUUUACUUUUUUCUCCAAGAAAUCUUUAAAAGCACAUUUUUAUUUUUUGUUCAACAGCUAAUUUAUAAGUGUCACAAAUCUGUUAUGGGGAUCAAAAUUUUCCUUCCUCUUCAUUUCUUGUUUUUCUUCUUCUAUAGUAAGAUUCUCUGCUUCUUUUCAUUUGUCAUUCUCCUUUUUUUUAUUUUUUUAAAUUGUUUUGUUUUGAUAUCAAUCACUCCGUCCUCCUCAAAAUCAGGAUCAAAACCUAAUUUGUAAGAUUUUUAUUAUUUCGAAACAGAAAGAACAGUGAAAAGACUGAAUCGGAUUGCUAAUGGCUAUUGCAGGUGCAUUUUCAACAAGGUUCACAAUCAUUAACCAUUGCCCGUAUACAAUAUGGCCAGCAUCACUAACCAGCAGCGGCCCACAAAUAAUAACUGGAUUUGAACUCGCCUCUGGAGCAUCGAGGGCCAUCGACACAGCCCCCAACUGGUCCGGACGAUUUUGGGCCCGAUUCGUUUGUUCAAAUUCAGAUGGGAAAUUCAGUUGCAAAAGUGGUGAUUGCGGGUCCAACCAGAUCGAAUGCGGCGGCAGAGGCGGAAUACCACCGGCUACUCUGGCGGAAUUCACCCUCCGAGGGGCUGACGGGAAAGAUUUCUACGAUAUCAGUCUGGUUGACGGCUUCAAUUUACCGGUCACCAUCGCGCCUCAAGACGGUGGUUGCCCCACAAUCAGCUGUCCGGUGGACAUAAACAAUCGGGCUUGUCCCAAAGAGUUGAGUAUUUAUAACACCGACGGGGGUGUGAUCGGUUGCAAGAGUGCUUGCAUUGCCUUUAAUCAGCCACAAUAUUGCUGCACCGGAGAUUUUUCAACACCGGACAAAUGCAAGCCCACGUAUUAUUCCGAAAUUUUCAAGCAGCAAUGCCCACAAUCUUAUACAUAUGCCUAUGAUGAUCCCUCAAGUCUCUUCACCUGUCAACGCCAUCCUAACUAUGUCAUUACAUUUUGCCCAUAAUGGACCAUGUUUCAUCUCUUCAUUAUAUAGCAGUGUUUUGUACUCCUUCCGUCCCAUACAAAAUAUUAAUUCAUAUUGAACAUUUUGAACUGAAUUUUUUUCUUAGAAGGGGGAGUGACAAGUAUUACUUUUCAAAGUUACGAUAAUGUAGAUAUAGAGUUCAGCAAGUUUGAAGUUUGGAUUUUCAGUUUACUCUGAUGUAAUAGAAACUAUAUUGAUGUAAAUUCAGAAGUACACAAAAGCUGGCCUAUGCAAAUACUUAAGGAA